CUUAUUUUUGUAAAAAUAUAAAGAUACUUUUACAAUAAUAAGUUUAUUCUUAUAAAAGUAUCUUGUUAGUGUUUUUCUAAUAUACAGUAAUAUAAUUUUAAAAUACAGUAAUAUAAUUUAUAUUUUUUAUUAUUUUUUUUUAUUAAUUUUUUUUUUGUUAGAAAGGUUGUUGUACGUAAAGCAGAACUGAUUUGAUAACUGUUACUUUUAUUGACUGUUGACAAUUUCAAGAUGUUUUUUCUUUUUAAUUAUAUAACUUUUUUGUUAUCUUUAGGCCAAUUUGCACAGACUACAGCUUGUAAGUUGUUAUAGAAUAACUUUAAUUAACUAUUAAAGAAAUAUAAAUAAAUAUGUAUUUCUUACUUAUUUAUUUAUUACUUGUUGUGUAUGGAUUUCCCAUUUGCUGCAAUAUUAAUUUUUUAAUUUUAGUAUCUAACUCAUGUGCUACACCUAUAUCUACCUCUUGUGCUACACCUGUAUCUACCUCUUGUGCUACACCUGUUAUUUCUACAUGUGCUACGCCUGUUACAUCUUCAGCUGUUACGUCAAUUCCAUCUGCACCACCUUCAAAUGGUUGGUUGGUUAAAUAUGAUCAUUUAAAUGAGAAAAUGUAUACUCGUGCAACUGAAUACAUGUAAACUCGAGAAAAUGAAUACUCGUGCAAUCUGGUAAAGCAAUUCUGUAUUGUGCUUUCUCUUUUUAAUAAUUCCAUGUAAAAAUGUUGAAAAUAUCAUUUCUAUGUAUUUUCUUUAUUACGUUGGUUAAGGGGAAGGGGGAAAACCAUCUUUCUCCUCAAAUUGUACAUCACUAAUGUAUGUUCUAUAGUAAAACUUCACUCUAUCACCUUUCUCUUUGUUCUAUAUCGCUCUCUCUCAUCCCAAGACUGCACUCUUCUUGAUGUUAUUUCUGAUUAUAUUGAC